AUGCGGGGCCCGCGGGGGGCUGCGGGGCGCGGCGGGGCUCGGGCGGCCCUGGCGCUGCUGCUGGCGGCCGCUCUCGCCCCGCGCCCGGCGCGGCCGCACCCGCAGUGCCUGGACUUCAAGCCGCCGUUCCGGCCGCCCCGGGGCCUCGCCUUCUGCCGCCGCUACGCCGAGUUCGGCUGCUGCGACUCGGGCCGCGACAGCGCCCUGCUCCAGCGCUUCUACCGCCUCAGCGCCCGCUUCGACGGGCACAGCUACGCCGCCUGCGCCGGGCACCUGCAGGACCUGCUCUGCCAGGAAUGCUCUCCAUAUGCAGCUCACUUAUAUGAUGCCGAAGAUCCCUCCACCCCCGUGCGGACGAUACCAGGACUUUGCCAGGACUAUUGCACACAAGUGUGGCAGAACUGCCGCUCCAUCUUUCGCCUCCUCUCUGCAGACCGAGAGUUAAUUGCACUGGAAAACAACAUGGCAAAACUCUGCCGUUAUCUGACCUUGGAGGACACCGACUACUGCUUCCCACACCUGCUGGCCAACCAGAACCUUAACCAAAACCUGGGGUUAGUCACCGCCGACGCGGAGGGCUGUCUCCAGCUCUGCCUCGCGGAGGUCGCCAACGGGCUGCGCAAUCCCGUUGCGAUGGUGCACGCCAACGAUGGCACCCACAGGUUCUUCAUCGCAGAGCAGGUUGGCCUGGUGUGGACCUACCUCCCCGAUGGAUCCAGGCUCGAAAAGCCAUUUCUGAACGUCAGCGAAGCCGUACUUACCUCCCCGUGGGAAGGAGAUGAGAGAGGGUUUCUAGGUAUUGUCUUCCACCCUAAAUUCAAAUUUAAUGGUAAAGUUUAUGUUUACUAUUCAGUUGAAGUUGGUUACGAAGAGAGAAUCCGGAUCAGUGAGUUCAGAAUUUCUCCUACUGACAUGAAUGCCUUGGACCAUAGUUCUGAAAGGAUAAUCCUGGAAAUAGAAGAACCUGCUUCCAACCAUAACGGAGGAGAGCUGCUCUUUGGAGAUGAUGAAUAUCUCUAUAUAUUUACUGGAGAUGGAGGCAUGGCUGGGGAUCCUUUUGGGACCUUUGGAAAUGCCCAGAACAAAUCAGCCCUGCUGGGCAAAGUGCUGCGGAUCGAUGUGAACAACAACGACCGUGGGCCCCUGUACCGGAUCCCUCCCGACAACCCUUUUGUCAACGACCCUACGGCUCGCCCUGAAGUCUAUGCCUACGGAGUGAGGAAUAUGUGGCGCUGCUCUUUUGAUCGGGGUGACCCUCACACCAAGGAGGGGAAAGGGCGGCUCUUCUGUGGAGAUGUGGGGCAGAAUAAGUACGAAGAAAUUGACAUCGUCGAGAAAGGGAAAAAUUAUGGCUGGAGAGCGAGGGAAGGGUUCAGCUGUUAUGACAAAAAACUUUGUGCCAACUCUUCAAUGGAUGAUGUGCUCCCAAUUUAUGCGUAUCCACACAAAAUGGGGAAAUCUGUUACAGGAGGCUAUGUCUAUCGGGGCUGCGAGUAUCCAAACCUGAAUGGCCUGUACAUAUUUGGCGAUUUUAUGAGUGGACGCCUGAUGUCUUUGAAGGAGGAUCAUGCUACUGGAGAGUGGCAAUACAGCGAAAUCUGCAUGGGGGCAGGACAAACGUGCAUGUUCCCUGGGCUUAUCAAUAACUAUUACCAAUACAUCAUCUCUUUCGCUGAAGAUGAAGCAGGGGAAUUGUACUUCAUGUCUACUGGUGUACCAAGUGCCACGGCUCCCAAUGGAGUGGUGUACAAAGUGGUGGACACCUCCAGGAGAGCACCACCAGGAAAAUGCCGAGUUGAGCCAUCGCCAGUGAAAGUAAAAAGCAAGCGCAUCCCAUUUGUGCCAAAGGAGAAGUUUAUUAUGCAAGCACCGACACCCCAACCCCGGCUGAAGACCACGACCGAGGCCCCAUGGGGAGGUAGGCCAGACCCCAAAACCCCCACCACAGCAGCGCCCAGUGGCAGGACCCCCAAGCCCCGGAAGGGAGCAGAGAAGAGGGGGCAGCGCAAGAAGAAGAAGCCACGGAACGGCGCCGUGCGGCUGAUGCAGCAGGGGCGCCGCGGCCGCGGCCGAGGCCGGGUGGAGAUUUACAUCGACGGCGAGUGGGGCACCGUGUGCGACGACGGCUGGAGCUCGGCCGCCGCCGCCGUGGUGUGCCGCCAGCUGGGCUUUCCCUACGUGGUGCGGGCCACCAAGAAGGCAGAAUUCGGGGAAGGGACCUCCCUCCGCAUUCUCCUGGAUGAUGUCCAGUGCUCCGGGCAGGAGAGGACGCUGCUGGAGUGCUCCCACGCCGACGUCGGCAAGCACAACUGCUCGCACGAGGAGGAUGCUGGCGUGGUGUGCAGCCGGGAGGAGGUGGCAGACUGGUGACAGGGGAAUUGGGGAAGGCAGCAGAGGGACUUGGAGCACAUCCCUUUCCUGCCCAAUCCUCUAAACCAGCUGCAGUUUUGCGGAGGGUGUGCCCUGUCUUGAGGGUGUUGUGCCUGUUCAAAGUAACCUCAUGAUUUUCUUCAUGUUUGUCCCCAUGCAUGUGCCUUGGAGGGAAAGAAAAAGUAAAACGAGUAUGUUGUUGAGUAUGUUGUGGGCAGGAACUACAUUUCUAUGGGUUUUUUAAUAAGAAAACCUCAAACAUCAGCCUUUAUAGAUUAGAAAAGAGAUGCAUCCUGUUGCCCUUUCCCUUUCAAAAUACAGCAUUCCUCAGCUGUGCUUCACAGUGUUUUGCCAAAAAAUAAAUUCCCAAAUGACUGUGUUUUGCUCUAAUGGAAUCAUUUGUGUUGCUUGCCUUGCUUUGCCACCUGCAGCUUUGAGCAGCAGUUUUUAAUAUGUGUAAAUCUCUGCCUUUCU